CCGGACCUGCGAGACCCUAGCCGCACCCUCCUUGCCGUCGGUCCAGCCGUCUCUGCAGCCAGCAUGAGCUCCACGCAGUUCAACAAGGGGCCCUCCUACGGGCUUUCGGCCGAGGUCAAGAACCGGCUUCAGUCCAAAUAUGAUCCUCAGAAGGAGGCGGAACUCCGCAGCUGGAUCGAGGGACUCACCGGCCUGUCUAUUGGUCCUGAUUUUCAGAAGGGUCUGAAGGAUGGAAUUAUCCUGUGCACACUCAUGAAUAAGCUGCAGCCAGGCUCAGUCCCCAAGAUCAACCGCUCCAUGCAAAACUGGCACCAGCUAGAAAACCUCUCCAACUUCAUCAAGGCCAUGGUCAGCUACGGCAUGAACUCUGUGGACCUGUUCGAGGCCAAUGACCUGUUUGAGAGUGGAAACAUGACACAGGUGCAGGUGUCUCUUCUGGCUCUGGCAGGGAAGGCCAAAACAAAAGGGCUGCAGAGUGGCGUGGACAUUGGCAUCAAGUACUCAGAGAAGCAGGAGCGGAACUUUGAUGACGCCACCAUGAAGGCGGGCCAGUGCGUCAUUGGGCUCCAGAUGGGUACCAACAAGUGUGCCAGCCAAUCAGGCAUGACAGCCUAUGGUACAAGAAGGCAUCUGUACGACCCCAAGAACCAUAUCCUGCCACCCAUGGACCACUCAACCAUCAGCCUGCAAAUGGGCACCAACAAGUGUGCCAGCCAGGUGGGCAUGACAGCUCCUGGGACCCGGCGGCACAUCUAUGAUACCAAGCUGGGGACCGAGAAGUGUGACAACUCUUCCAUGUCCCUGCAGAUGGGCUACACACAGGGUGCCAACCAGAGUGGCCAGGUCUUUGGCCUGGGCCGGCAGAUAUAUGACCCCAAGUACUGCCCACAAGGCCCAGUGGCUGAUGGGGCUCCAGGGUCGGUUGGUGACUGCCCAAGCCCAGGGACAGCCCCGGAGUACCCUCCCUACUACCAAGAGGAGGCAGGCUACUGAGCCCCCUUGCAAGCUGUCUCCCCACAUCAUCGCCUCAUCUGGGAUUUCAAGUUCUUUUUGGGUUUUCAUCUUGUUUUUCUAUGUGUUCACGUGCUUCCAGCUGAGGGUCUGUGAAGGCCAGAUCCAGAUGCAUGUAUGGUGGGGGUCCCUGCUGGGGCACAUCCAGGUAGCAAAUUUCCCAGCAAGCUUUGGGCCAAGCUGUGGAGGGGAGAAGAAACCUGUGCAGGGAGGGAAACUGGCCCCAAAUGGUUUCCGGUUGCUUCUGCCCCUCUUCCCUUUUCUCUGCUGAGUAGUUUGUGGUUUCUGUACCCACAGAAGUUUCAGGCAGUUGUAAUUUUUUUUUCCAGAGGAAUUGGGUAGGGAUGGUGGAGGAGGGUGCUGGAAAGAAGUUCCUUUGGAGAAAGCCAGGCCACAGUCCCCAGAUAUUUUAGGCACUGAGAGGGACUGCAUUUCCCUAGGAUCCUUCCAGGGGCCCAGUGAAGAAACUGAGACCCAGACAGGACAAUAGAGUUCUGAGUGGUUGAGGCAAAGCUAGACACCCCCCUUCCAUACUUGCCCCUCUCCCCCACCAAGUACUGCACAGGAACCCCCACCAGGAGGUCCUCCCUAGGACCAGCUCCACCCAGGAGCCCUGGGACCAAGAGAUAAUGUGAAAUACCAACUGUGGACCAAAGGCAAUAAAAACUUUUUUAAAGGAAAAGAAGGUGCUGGGAGAGUUGUCAUCAGAGGCAGCCUGGGGGAGAUGUUAACUUGGAUCCUUUCUGGGGCCCUGAGGGACCUGGGGAUGGGGCUGUGGGACAAAUAUCUGGUCUUCACAGCUGUCUUGGGAAAGCUGAGGCCCAGGGCACUGACCAGUCUGGGUUGAAAAAAUUAUUUGAGGGCUAGGACCUGGGAUAGGGGAAGAGGCUGGGUCUUCUGGUUGGUUGGAAAGGAGGUGGAGCCUCCACGCCAACCAACCACUACCCCCACCCCACACUGACAGCUGGGGCUCCAGGAAAUGCUCCAUCAUUCAAGCCUUGCUUAUGCAUUCCCUCUGUCUGGAGUUCUCAUCCAGACAAACUCCUAUUUGUCCGCAAAUCCCCAACAGCAAAACCACCUUCCUCCAUAGAGCCUUCCCCACACUGCUCACCUUUACCGGCACUUUCAGAGCUGUGGAUCCAUAUGUAAUAACUCCAUUCUGACCCUCAGU